AGAAAAACUGCAGGCAAUCUCCUUGGCGAACUCAUUGAAGAUGCACAUGUCGAUGUCGACAAGGACGGGAAAUCCCCAGCAUGCAUAGCGGACUUGGAAGCGUUGCUAGACAUUCAUAUCGCAUGGCACAAACUUGUAGCGGAUUCUUUCGAAAACAGUUUGCCUAGCGUGGUCGGUGCCGCCUCCACGAGCGGAGGAGGUGGAUGUGUCAACGGCUUGAAGCCUGGGUUUACUCAUGCCAUAUGUGUGAGAAAAGGUAACCCGCAGGCGUCACCGCUGAAUGCUGCAUGCGGACAGUGGGUGUUGGAAGAUGAAAAGCAUGAGCAGGAAGUAGCUGGUUUAUCUGGCACAAUACCAUUAAAAACAUCGGAGAAUGAGAAUGUUGGGCAGUGUUGGCGCCCUCAAGCGGAGAUGUUGCUUCGGCGGAGAGACUUGGCCUUUGCAUCGACUCGACAAGCAAGUACUGGUAGCUUCGCUUCAACAUCCACGACGACCACAGAAAGUAGAAGUCGCUCCUCUACCGAACCCCGGGAGCUUCGUUUCAAGUUCAAAUACCCAUGCGGCUUGAAACAAGAGGACGUCAGAGUACGUUUGUGUGCCGAUGAAAGACUUAGUGUCACAGUUGCUUCUGGAGAUCUAGCUGCAGACGGAGGAGAGUCUUUUCACGAGUACAUCUAUAGGAGGGAGCACGGGCAACAAGGGGACCCUGCAUCGACGGCCUCAGCGAAGAACGGUUGUGCCAGCAGUUCGUGUCAGCAGGCUACGCUUUACGACAGGCAGCGGGCUUGGUCUCAGCAUGUGCUGCCAACUUUUUUGGUGCGUGGGGCUAAGCCUGGCGCAAUCCGCAGCAAUGCGCGGUGCAUGGGCACGGGAUGUACUCGACAAAUUCUCACUUGGCUUUGGGAGAACUUCGAUUUCGACACAAUUGUCGACCCGUUUUGCGGUGCGGGAACUGUCCUCGCUACUGCCGAGAGUGUGGGGUUCACGCGCACAGUAGGCGUCGAUAUCAGCAAGAAGCGACUGCGACAGGCAGAGCGACUAAAGCUGCGUGUGGAUUACCAUAAAGAAGGGGACGCUAAAAGGACUCGAGAUGAAAAACAGUUUCAAAUACAACAGCGGCCGGUCGCACCAGCCAUUGCUGAAGAGCCUGACGUUGAUGCAGCAGACACCGUUGAGAUAGGUGGCCACCCUAUUGUCAUCACCGACAAGCAUUCGUCAACCGUGGUAUUACACGAGCAGUUGCUCUGCCCUUUUCCCGAAAAACGAAUACAAUCUAAUGAGGCACCCUCAUCUCAAGAGCAUCUAGCUCUAGGGGGUAGCUAACCGCGAAGUUACUCAAAGGGACGAUCAAUCUUCCACAUCAAUCUUCCACUCUGUCGCACUUAUCUCUACUGGGGAUUUUACUGUAAUCUUCCCUGUUCUAAUUCUAUCGCAUUACGAUAUUGGCAACCCCACAAGAUUUUGGCAAACAAGCA